AUGAGCCCAAAAAAUGUUGUGUCUUCUUCCGUCAAUUUUGUAACAACGGUUGUUUACAUUUCAAUCCUACUAAACUUGGCCACCGCAGUUAAACCAAAAGGGUUUAGCAUGAAGAUGAUUCGCAGCGAUUCUAAAGAAUCACCUCUAUAUCCAAGGUAUGCUAAUUUAUCAGAAGGAGAAAGAUUUCAAAGACUCGUGGAACAAUCCAAAGCUCGAGCACGUUAUCUUGGAUCUGCAAGAGCUGCUGCUUAUAAUAAAAGCAGCUCCAUGAAUCCCGAUAUUAUACGUAUACCUAUAAAAUACAUGGAGGACAGAAGCUAUUACAUUGGUCAGGUAGGCAUAGGUAAUUUCAGUAAUCAACCACAAUAUUAUUAUUUAAUUAUCGAUACUGGCAGUGAUCUUAUGUGGACUCAAUGUCAUGGUGGAAACAAUUAUUUCUAUCAAGAUCCGCCAGUUUAUGAUCAGGGGAGUUCGAGUACAUAUGACCGUAUCCCUUGUGUACAUCUUGAUGAGUGUGACUCAAGACAUUGCGAAAACGGGCUCUGUACGUACAAAGAAGGAUAUGUUUCCGGACCAGAAACAUUUGGUCAUCUUGCUUAUGAAACUUUCACUAUCAACUCAAACACCGGUGACCGUGAAAGUGUUGCAAUUAUAAUCAUGGGUUGCGGUAUUGAUCAAAGGAAUUUCGGACCAUUAUUUGGUGUUCCCGAGAAGCGUGACGGUGAUCAAGACUUCCCUCCACCCAUACCUGCACCUGGAACUGCUCCCAUAGCAGGAAUUCUCGGUUUAGGACAAGAUACCUCUAAUUUUUCUUUGGUACUUCAGUUAGAUGUUGAUAAUAAAAAGUUUGAAUACUGUUUGCAGUCGUAUGACCUUCACGGCAUUGCGAGUUCAUACACGUAUUUAAGAUUUGGUUCCGACGCAAUAAUUGGAGGAGGACCUGAAGUACUUAAAACUCCAAUAAUUCAAGACCCAAAUUUCAAGUCUCCUUACCACUUGAUUCUAGAGGAUAUUAGUGUAGGUAACAGACGCGUAAGGUUUCAACCAAGUGAUUUCCAGAUCAGGGCGGAUGGAAAUGGUGGGACUAUCAUAGAUUCAGGGGCUCCAUUUACCAUUAUGCGUAUGCGUCAUUUUCGAAGAGUCAAGCAAGUGUUGUUAAAUUAUUUUGCAGAUUUUCGUAUUCAACCUGUUGAUCGUGAACCUGGCAUGCUAUUCGAUCCUUGUUUUCGUAUACCAUCCGGAUUCAAUGAGUACCCGGAGAUAACAUUUCAUUUUCAGCGGGGCGCGGAUUUUGUUAUUAAACAACGGUCUGGUAGUUUUACCUAUUACAAAGAUGAGAACUUGCUAUGUUUUGCUAUCAUUGGCUUGUAUAGCCACCUCCAAUAUGAUGUUACUUUAGGAGCCAUGCAACAAGCUAAUAAAAGGAUUUUGUACGAUCUUAAUGAAAAGGCACUCUCAUUUACCGAAGAGGAAUGCAAUUUUGGUUCAUGA